UGUUUUUUUCUUUCAUUCUUUUGUUUUGGUGAGUUUUGUGCAAUAACUAUUUCAGGUUAUAUAAUGAGCGGUUAGGUAUGAGAUAUGGGCGAAAUCCAUACUGGAGCUUUCCGUGGACUUCUCCUAUUACAGGUUUUAAUUGUCAGUUUGUUAAUUAUAUAUGUAUAUUUAUUUAUGCUUACCAUUCAUUAUUUGAAAAUUAUUCUCAAGUGAUGAUGAUGUGUUUAUUUGUUCCGUCAUCGUGCAGAGAUUGACCACAAAGAUGUAACAUUUGUUACUUUAGGGGAAUGAAUGUUGCUGGUCCGAUUGCAGAAGAGCUAUGGACUCUGACCUUCUUAAACUAUCUGUAUGUGUUUAUUUUGGACCUUUCAUGGUUUUCGUGUCAUCUUCACAACUUUAGGAAUAACAUGGUGUAUCAUAUAUACUUGGUUUAUUUCAUCUGUUGUAGGAAUUUGGGCUACAAUUUCUUGACAGGCUCUCUUACACCCCCUGCUUCACAUCAGACCAUGGGUCAUCCUCAACCUAGAUAUGGAAUGCCUAGCAAUUCUUCAAGAAGGCUUGAUGAAACUAUGGCUACAAAAAUUGAGAGUUUGAGCUUGUCAAGCAUGGAGGCUAUGCAGAAUGUUCUGGAACUCCUAAGUGACAUGCUACAGGCAGUAAAUCCUGGUGAUUCUGUGGCUGUAAAAGAUGAAGUGAUAUUUGAGCUUGCCAUUCUGUUCAGGCUGAUGCACGUUUAAGAGAAGAGCUCAUAAAAGGAAAGUGGCUAUGGGGGAUUCCCGAGACAUUUUGCAUCUUAGAAAAGGCCUCCUGAAAGCAGUUUUGGGUCAUCUUGAGUGGCAGGAAUGGGCAUCUGAGCAUUAUUCAGCACCUUUUCGAGCUCCUGAGUUGUGGGAUUGUCCAAGUAAUACAGAUAUCGAUGAGAGAGCUGAUAUUUGGUCAUUAGGAUGCACUUUACAUGCG